AUGGCUGAUUCUGUGAGCAUCAAUACGGAAAGGCUCUGCCAGGCGAUCGUAUCAAGCGAUCUGAAGGCCGUUCAAGAAAUUCUUGACCAGGAAGAGACCGAUGUCAACCAUCGUCAUUGUUCCAAACGUACACCACUCCAGAUAGCAUGCCAGGCUUCUUCCCCAGAGGUAGUGCAGUUGCUGGUCGACCAUGGGGCUAAAAUCGCAGCGCGGAUGGAAGACGGUAAGACUGCCGAUCUGAACAAAGAGGCUGCGCGAGAAAGUGGAAAGUGGCCAUCUGAUACACUAAAGGCCAAACAGGUUCAAGAUAAUGAAGACGAUCGGGAAAAAUGGACGGACGAGAUGGUUCCGCUGGUGAAGGUUAAACUCGGAGAUGUGAAUGACUUAGCGCCUACUGGGAAUUACCUUGACGACGAGUAUGAACUGGGCGUUGAUGUUUUAGACCCUGAUGAGAUUUGCUGGGAAUUAUUCAUGUCUCCUUUACAUGAUUCCAUAUUGAACGGCUAUCUUAAUGCUGUAAGAGAGUUGGUAUCUUUCGGCGCUGAUGUGAAGAAACCCAUCAAGCAAUACGAGGACAUCAGGUUUCUUUUAUGUCGACCAGCGCAACGACCCCCGAACGGUGCUAUCCUUACGCUCGCUUUACCGUUUCUUCUUGAAAAGACCAAGAUACUGGAGAUGGUGAAAGCUUUGAUUCAACUGGGCGUAUCGCCCGCCGAGGCAGAUUUGAACCGCACUACGCCGCUUUAUUAUAUUGCUGCCAUGAAAGACACCAUUCCCCUAUCGACCUUUCUUGGAGAGAGUCCAGAGGAAACACUGUGGGCGAUAGAGCAGUUAUCAAUUGGCACACCCCUCAAUGGAUCAACCUACUUGGCGUUGACAACUGCUAUAUUGACUGGAAACAUAGAUCGUGCUCUGGACUUUCUCGAGGCCGGUGCAAAGCCCAGAGUCGCAUUUCGUACCGUUAUAUCGACUCUUGACUCAGCCUUUCCAGUAAGACGGUCGCAAUUCAAUCCCUCUACUGAAAAAUUCAACAAUGCACUGGCAUUUAAGCAGACUCCGCAGCCUAUUAUAGCUGCUGUUGAGAAUGAUUUUCCACUUCUGGCCAUCCGACUUCUCGAAGAAGGGGCUGAUCCAAAUACGCAUAGGUUCUGGAUCCCAAAGAACGGUCUUUCUGUCUUAGAUAUUACACGGCAGAAGAUUGGUAAAAUCCGUGGGUUUCUAUUAGAAUCUCACAUUCCGGAGAAGGAGACCCAAUCACCUUCGCCAGUUCAACACAGCGAGUCGGAAUUUUUGGAUAAACUUGACAAGAGCUCUUACAAAUUUUGGGCCACUGAGCGCGUGCUUGCGAGAGCAAGACAAGAUCGUCAUCAAAAGAGCUCCAAUCUCAAAGUCACCAACGAGGACAAACCCGAACCUCGGGGAACUCAUGAAAAGCGCCAGAUUAUCCAAGAACGAAUUGGUGAAUUUGAACGCCUAGAAAAGGAUCUGGUAGCUCGUGAGGCUAAACUAUUCCGCGAAUUGCACCCCCCAAAUCCAGACCACCAAAAUAAAAACAGACCUCCUGCAAUCAAAGACGACAAGCCCCAUGAGCCAUUUAUUUUCCUUGAGGAAGAUAUUGAUACAGAGGCAUACAUGGCCUUGUUUGAGGCAGCCUGGAGGGGUGAUAGCAAGACCAUUCAAGAUUUGACUCUUCAUUGGCAAGACCAAGCUGAAGAGAAGAUCCCUUUGAGUCUUGGUCAACGUGACUGUUUCGGUUUCUCGGCUCUCGAUAUCUCCACUCUGCGUGGUCAUUGGAACAUCACGAAGGACAUGCUUGAUAUUCUACACGCUCAACAUAAGCCACACAAGCCACGCGAUGAGUAUGGCGAUUGCUUUAACUCGGAAGAGAACUCGGAUGAAGAUGCAGUGAGGGAACUACCAGACACAGAUAAUUGUGUUAUGACGUCUAGCGAUAGUAAUUGCAAGUGGGACAGUGACACAGGAAAAAAUAUCAUGAAAAAGGAAAAGGCCGAUGCAGUUAAAUAUGUUAAAUUGCGCGAGUCGCCUCUUACGGUUGCCGUUUUGUCGCCAAUUCCUGCCUAUUUCUUUACCGAGAACUAUAUGGAGAAAGACAGGUUUUGGGUUGGGACUUGUCUAGAUAGCUCAAAGUCAUAUCAAACUGAUUGUUUCAGUUCUGAAAAGAGAGAAAAUACUAGUAUCAUUGAUCACGCUAUCUUGAGAAAUGAUCUCGAGCUUCUGCGGUUCCUUUUGGACAUGGUGAAAGACCUGACUGAUAGGGAUCAUCGCCGUCGGAAGCUAGAAAACGUCCUCAAUCCAUCCUAUCUUUUCGCCCUUGGAUUGGGCCGUAUUGAUUGUCUCGCAUUGAUGAUUAAGAAAGCUGGCACAGGUUUAUUUGAGCAGAAAUCCAUAUACUGCCGAGAUACGAACACUUCUGAUGGUGCAAUGAACGGAAGUCUCGAAGUCACGAAGUGGAUGAUGAGCCCAGAGGCAACUGCUUCUUAUGUACAGUAUAUCAAGGCCAUCGAGAGCCAUCCUGAACUUCAGAAAUUCGUGACUGCUAAAGAGGGUAUCGAAACUUCUGUGUCGAAUUGGUUACAUUACAGAGUUAGCUUUGCUCGUCUUCUCAUCGGUGCCAGGGCAAAUCAAACGGUUAAAAACAAGGGUGGGGACAAUUUGUUGCAUUUGCUCCUUGUUUGCCCUCGAAUGCUUCUCCGUGAGUUUGAUGUUUGUAAGAGUGCAAGUGUGCUUCAUGAAAUGCUCGAGAUUAUGGACAAAAGUCACAUUUCCUCUAUGCUUUUGGAACGAAACAAGGUAAAAUGCCAAACACCACUUAUGCAUUGGAUCACCCACAGCAAAGAAGCAUUUUGGUCAACGCUUUUCCCCGCCGCCGGUAUCAAUUGGUUUGAUCCAGAAUGCAAUGACAGAUUGCCGAUUGCGAAAAUGCUACUUGACAAUGACACGACGGCAGCCAAGGACCAGCUCGCACUCGGUGAUGAGCUCGGUAAUCUUCCUAUUCAUUCGGCAGUUACUAAGAAGUUUCCUGGUCUUUUUCAGCUGAUGCUGGAGCACAGACCAGAUCUACUUUACUGGGAAAAUGCAGCUGGCAAGACGGCAGUGGACCUUGUGGCCAACGAAUGGGCUCACCUUAUUGUUGGUAUCCAUAGUCCUUUGAGAAUAACGCCUUGGGUCAACUCGGCAUCAAACAAUUUGAUCGAACGAGACCCCAUCACUUUUGUCUCUUCUGACUUUCCGGCGAAAUUCAACGACACAAACUCUCACCAACUGAAGAUCCAGAAAAUUUGUCAAAGCUUUCUUGGUAAAACUACUGGUCAUCGCACGCUCUUGGCUUCUGAAGAAAGAGAUGAAAUUUCUUCUAUAAAAGAUGAUACAAUCGGAAGAUAUUUCUUCAAUGAUGACUGGCUAUUCUUUUGA